CUAAAUCCAAUUAUACUUCAUGAACGUCACAAAUUUGUCCCUUUUAUCUUGGAGAACAUGGAGCUCUAACAUGGGUCUGACAAAUGGCGUCCUAAAGCGUCAGUUUUUCCUGGGAAAAUUGUAUUUUUGAAUCAAACCCAUUUUCACAUCCUCACAGUCUCUCCGGUUGAAUACAACCCCAUUGUCAUUCUUAUUGGCGUUUUCAAUCCAAACUUUUCAGACACUCUGUUCAGAGUCAGAGCUGCAAUUAACUUAUGGUUGUAUAGUAGACUUGGGAGGACACUGUCUAUGAGAAUGAAACUUCAACGUUUUCCUACUAAAUCCGCCAUUUCAGCCACCAAACAUGCCUUUCAUUCCCCCCAACCAGUUCAAAGCCUUCAGGGUAUUCCCAAAGUCAAAUUGACUGAUGAAGAGUUCAUGUUGAAAUUGCUUGAUAGAAGAUGGACAUUGCCCACCCCUGACACUAAAAUUCACCAAAUAAUGCUUUCUGCUGGAGAAGUAACCGAUGGAGGUCAGCCAUUCAGUAAUAUUUUCCCAUGGAAUAAUACUAAUCCAUCUCUGGGUGCUAACACAGUGGAAGACAAUCAAGAACCAUCUUUCUAUAUUGUGAGGGAUGAUUUGUUGCAUCCAUUAGUAAAUGGUAAUAAGUCGAGAAAACUGGAUGCACUUUUUCCUCUUAUUGAAGAUCAUUCAGUGACAGAUGUGGUGACAUGUGGAGGUUGUCAAAGUGCACAUGCAGCAGCUGUUGCUGUUUCAUGCGCAGAGAGAAGAAUAAAAUCGCAUUUGCUUCUACGAGGAGAGCAGCCUCAAAUUCAGACAGGGUAUAACUUGAUUUCAACAAUGUAUGGAAAUGUUACAUAUGUUCCAAGGUCUAUUUAUGCCAGCAGGGAAAAGAUGCUAAAGAGCCAUGCUGAUCGUGUGGCAGGCAGUAGUGGUAAUGUCAUAUGGUUAGAUGAUAUUUUGGAGGCUUCUUUGACUCAAAAAAGUGACAGUUUGAAUUUUAUGCAAAAGGAUGCUAAUGGACGUUACUUUUCAAGAAAUGUUGUAAUUGUCAAUGAAGGCGCAGGGGAUGUUGUAGCAUUACUAGGUGCGAUUCGUCUAGCACAGUACUUAUCCCAGGAUCACUUACUUGGAAGAGAGAGGUCCUUGAAAUUUGUUUUGGAUGCUGGUACUGGGACAACAGCUGUUGGUUUAGGAAUUGGAGCCAUCUGCUUAAGGCUCCCGUGGGAGGUCUCUGCAGUGAUGCUAGCUCAUACAGUUGAUGGGUACAGACAGCAGGAGAAACGGUUAAUAUCCAAUUUCAAAAGGCACUUUGGUUUUCGUUUUGUUGACAGUCCCUUAAAUGAAAUAGAUGAUGGGAUUGUGCACUGGGUAGAACGUUGCCGCCCAAGAAAGUUUGGCAAUGUUUUGGAAGGGGAAGUAGAGACAUGCCAAAGAAUUGCUCAGAAUACCGGUGUUUUAUUGGAUCCAAUGUAUACUCUUGCCGCCUGGGAGAUGGCAACAAUCUUUAGUGAGAAGGAAGCUAAAGAGGAUCCAACAGUGGUGAUGCUUCACACUGGAGGCACUCUGGGCAUGUUUGGAUUAGCUCAGAGGUACAGUUCCUACUUUUGUAAACUUAAAGACGAAGUUUCCAGCUAGAAAAAAUGUUCAUAAAUUAUCAGUAGAACAAAAGAGAGUUCUGAUAUGACAGAAACCAUAUUUAUUGUUCAUUGUAAAACGAAGCAUCAUAUUCUGCACA